AUGAUGGGGCGCCGAGCGGUGUGCGGUCUGGUCGUGGCACUGGGUUAUGCGGCGAUGCUUGUCACCUUGGCGCGUGGGGAGUUGACGACACGUGCUGGCAACUUGUCAAAGUUGACAACUUUGGCUCCCGAUGCCGUGGCUUUCGAUGCGACGACUUCCGAUGCCACGACUUCCGAUGCGACGACUUUCGAUGUCACGGCCUUCAAUCGCAGCACGACGGCACCCAAUGCCACGACUAGUGUGCCCACAGACGGACCCGUGACGUACUCGGGCAACGUUGGAUGUCGGCUGGAGGGCGUGCCUCCAAAAGUAACACGCGUUCUCGGCAACAUCAACCUGCUCUCAUGUACAUUUUUGACGGCGACGGAUCUGGAUGUGCUCAGCCAGCUCGUUGAAGUGAGCGGCGACCUUUUCCUCCAAAGCAAUGAUGACCUGACCAAUGUGGAUGCGCUUGGGAGCCUCACGCGCGUCGGUGGCAGCUUGGAUAUUUGGCAAAAUCCUCUCCUUACUAGCGUGGAUGGGCUCAGGAGCCUUGCCCAGAUUAGCGGUAACAUGAGCUUCUACUACAACGACGCCCUGACCAAUGUCGAUGGGCUGGCCAAUCUCACAAGCGUUGGCAGCAUGUUGGACGUUUUUGAUAAUGACGCUCUGGCAAACGUUGAUGGGCUCAGAAGCCUGACAAGUGUUGGCGGCUUUUUGAGGUUUAUUGUAUGUCACAUGCAGACCCGCAAACUGUGGUAUAAUUCCGCUCUUGCCAGUGUGGAUGAAAUUGGAAGCCUCACACGCAUUGGCGGUGGGUUGUUCUUUUAUAACAAUUCUGCCCUUGCCAGCGUGGAUGGGCUCAAAAGCUUAGAGAGCGUUGGGGGCGACUUGGUCAUUUUUAACAAUACCGCUCUUGCCAGUGUCAACGGUCUAGGCAGCCUCCAAAGCGUUGCCGGUGACCUGGAAUUUCGCAACAAUCCUGCCCUUGCCAGUGUGAAUGGGCUUGAAAACCUAGAGAGCGUUGGUGGCGACUUUUUCUUCUAUUACAAUCUGGCUCUUACCAGUGUGGAUGGUUUCGGAAGCCUCACAAGCGUUGGCGGCGGUUUGCGUUUCUACAACAACUCUGCCCUCAACAAUGUGGACGGCCUCGGAAGCCUCAAAAGCGUUGGCACCGACUUGGAGUUUCUCGUACGCCACACGUUCUGGUGA